AGGAUCUGGGCGCGAUCAAGUGGUGUGCAAAUAUUUAGUUAUAAACAACACGCCCUUCGUCAUGUAGACCUACGAAGAAAGUCCUAUGAAGAUUUGUUUUUUUAAAGCUACAAGACCGUAUUUCUGCAAGACCACAGUCCAAGUUUAACACCAAAAAUGGGACAUUCUGCCAAAGACGAGGCCCCCGUCGUGGCCCUCCCCAAGUUGGGCUCCAUUUUCACUAAACUCCUCCGCGAUCUCAAAUAUCGAACGCCUCAGCAUAAAGAUACACGCCCUGCCCUCGAAGCUGCUAUGCUCGAAUAUGCCGUCCGCUCGGGGGCUCCAUACGAGUCUGAAUAUGCCCAGCGGUACUUCGAUGUUGGACUUACCCUCGCUUGUGCCUAUUAUCCUACUCAUUCUUUUGCUGUGAAAUUACACAUAGCUAUCUACUCCUGGCUAGCCAUCUACAUUGAUGACGAUGACGACGGAAACGAGGACCUUAUCGGUUUCCAGGAGCGCUUCCAGAAGGGGGAGCCUCAGCCAUCUGCUCUCUUGCAGCGCUUCGCAGAGAACCUCCAAGAAAUGUCGAUCCAUUUCGAACCCCUCGUAGCCAACUUCAUCGUGCUUUCGUCGCUGCAAUUCGUCGCCGCCACCCUGCUAGAGAGACGCAGCGAGCUCCACAGCCUGCAGCACUGCAAAGAAGCAAAAAGGUGGCCCGACUAUGUCCGCGACAGGAGCGGAGUGCCUGAGGCGUUCGCGUACUUCAUCUUCCCGAGAGACGAGUGCCCGGAUAUAGGAGCGUAUAUGCAAGGCAUACCGGAUAUGAUGACUUACAUUAACUACGCAAAUGAUAUUCUGUCGUUCCAUAAGGAGACCCUCGCUGGCGAGACGGACAACUACAUCAAUACCCGAGCCGUCUGUGAGCAACGCGAGCCUUUUGCCAUGCUCGAAAUUGUCAUUGCCGAGACAAUCGCGGCAAAUUCACGCGUGGUUGGGCUUCUGGACACCAGAUCUGACCCCGUGUACGCUCGCAAGUGGAACGAAUUCUUCAACGGCUACAUCUUCUUCCACGUCACAGCUCGGCGGUACAAGCUGCACGUGUAUACCGGGCUCGCGGAUGUGGGAACCAAAUGGCAGGAAGUGUUUGCAGGCUAGCUCAAUUUGCUGCAUUCAUUUCUGCCGGCUGUGAUGGAAAACUUCCUUCGCGCAGAGAACAUAUAUUUCCUAUCACCUUCUUUUUCUAUAUCUCUUUGACGAAUAGCAUGUUAUAUUAUUUUUCUUAGAAAACAAUAUUAAACUGUACUCUAACCUACUACUAUAACACA